AAUGUUUAAAAACUGCCAUAUUCAUCACCACACAAAUUCUUCACCAAACAAAAAAAUAAAUUCAGCAGCUUCCCUUCUAAUUCUUUUAUUAAUUUUAUGUCGAUCUUCUUUAUUAAUUAUUGCUGGAGGUGUUCACAGAUUUCCCCAAUUAGAUGCUCCUGUUGGAAGGCCUUUUACUUUUGCUAUUGCAGAAGGGCAUCAUAUCGAUAUUGAAAGACUUCCUGGAUGGUGUAAAUUUAAUUCUAGUGCUAAAUUGCUUUAUGGAAUUCCUCAAUUGUCUAAUGUUGGGUUGGAACAUAUUCUUAUACAUGAUUCGCUCAUUGAAGUUAAAGUUUAUGAGGAAGAGGAUAACAUUUGUGGUAAAGAUAGUUCAACUUAUUGGCUUGAAAUUAUGGAUCCUCGACUAUUAAAUAAAAUUUCAAUUCAAGAACAAUUCCAAACAGUCAAAACUUUGCUUUCAAUGCUUAAAAAUACACAAUUACGAAUGGGUGAUGUCCGAAUCUUUCCGAGAUCUUAUUUGGAACGUUAUAGACUAGUGACAAAAACUUUAUAUGAAUUGGCUUCUAAUAUAAAUAAUUAUGAUAAUAAUGGUGUUGUUAUAGCUUUAAAUAUUAGUUGUGGGGAAAUUGAUGAUCAAGCUGCUGAUAUUAUUAAUGAAGUGGCUGAUGUAUUGCCUUUUCAGGUUGUUGAGGGUGAACUUCGUAAAGACAGACCGUUUAUACCUACAACAACACAAAUCCAGACAACUACAAGUGCAACUACCAGAACAACGAGAAGAAUUCAUCAACCUUUAAAGGAAAUAAAUGAAAAGCCUAUUUUAAUUAAUCCAAUUAAAAGUUUUCAUUGUUCUCGUGGAAUUCUUUGUCGAUUACCUAUUGAUGAAAAUACAUUUGUUGACCCUGAAGAUGGACAUACUUCAAAACUUUCUCUCAGUGUUCAUUCAACUGAAAAUAAUAAUUCUAACAAUUUUUUGGUCGUAAUUCCCGGUCAAAAUAUUUUAGAAGGUAUUCCUGUUACCGGGGAAUUUGGAGAAGCAUCAGCUAAAGAGGAGGAGGAAUUUACUUUUAGAUUGGAAGCUAGAGAUAGCCAAAACGCUGCACAAUCAGCACCAUUUCAAGUUUUUGUUUCUCGUCCGCCACUUGAUGGGCCUAAGCCUAACCAUCGUUACUCAAUGGUUUUGGAUGUCCCUGUAGAGCGAUUUCAUUCAAAGCCAGAAAUGCUUCGUGAUUUUGUUUAUAGAUUGAGUGGAAUUCUUAAACGUUUUCCUCUUCCAUCUGCAUCUUCACCAACAUUUUUACAAACACCAGAAAGAAUAGAAGCAGCCACAGAAAUUUAUAUUGACCGAAUAACAGAUAAUGGUUCUGGCCAAACAUUAUUACAAUGGUGGGAUGCAACAGUUAGUAGAUCACAUUGUGACGAAAAAAGAAUUAAUUCAACUAAAGAACGUAUGGUACAUCAACAUCAUCAUACUGGAGUAGAAAAAGUUCGGCAUGAAUUUGCUAAACAAAUGGGUGCUCAAUUUCAUGUUAGAAAGGUCACUCUCGAACUUCUGGGCAAAUGUUUAGCUCAACAUAUGCUUGAUUCUAUGCGUGUACGUGUUUAUACAACUACACAACGAAAUACUUUAGCUGUAGAGGAAGGAAUUGGAAGUGUUUUUAGUGGUUGGACACAAACAUUAUUAAUCCCUUUAAUUUUGAUUGCAACAAUUUUGUUGUUAAUAACGGUUUUGGUUUUGUUGUGUUGUGCUCAUCAUAGAAGAGGAAAAAAAGGAGCUAGAAUAAAUAGAAGAAAUGAAUAUACAACUAAAGGCCGCCCAGUUGUUUUUCCUGAUGAAGUUCCUCAUAGAGAUGAGGGAAGUUCUGCUGAUGGUUCUUUAGCUACAGUAACAACCCCAAUGCUUAUGGAACGUGAACAGCCCCCUCUAGAUCCAAAUAAAAUGACUAUGCAUGAAAAUCCACUUUAUCGCCCCCCUCCACAAUUACAAGCACAAUUAACUAGAAAUGGAACAUCUAAUUUAAAUGGAAUAACUAAUGGGCAUGCACAAAAACAGCAGCAUGAAAUGAGUCCACUGAGUGGUGGGAGCCCUGGUUGUCAAUAUAUCUCUCAACAACAAAAAAGCCCUCCACUCCCACAGAUGGUCAGUACAUUCAGCCCUCCUGGCGCUCUUCGUGCCAUUGACGCCUCUCCAACCCCUCAAAGGGCACAUCCAACACUCCCCUCUACAUUCCAGAGAGAACAUCCACAUCAACAUUCUGUCCGUUUCCAUCAACAUCCAACACCUGUCGGUCAAAGGAUGCCACCGCCAUAUAUUGCACAUUAA